UCAUUGGUAGGGGGAAGUAGGGAAAAUACAAAGUAAAGUGAAUUCAUGGCGAGGACGGAAUUUGUCAAUGUUCAGUCGUGCUGAAGUGUGCAACAUGUUUUUAGUUUCCCGUCUCAUGUAUGUGCUGCAAGUACUGCACUGCUCAAGACUUCGUAUUCAGGCACUGCAUCGCGUAUUUGCAACAUUUAUUUGGAGCUCGAGUUGCGAAUCCAUGCGGCGCGAUAAUCUGUUCGUCCCUCUUGAACGAGGUGGUUUAGGAUUAGUCCAUCUCUUCGUCAGGCAAAUUGUUUCUCGUCUGUUUUUCUUUCGAGACAGUGAUCAUCCCUUUUUGCGUGAAAUGUUACAGCUCCGAUUAGCUCAUUAUCUUCCUGAUAUAGUAGUGUCAUCAGAUGCCAAAGAUGUCACACAGGCUCCUUGGGGCUUUCUCAAGGAGGUUGUGGAUUCAUUCCUUUUCUUGAAAGUUAGAUUCAGCCUGGAGUACAUUUUCACUGCGAGUCGAAAAGAAAUUUCUGCUGCACUGGUGUAUUCGAUUUUCCCAGAUCCUUUGUAUCGUGCACCUUAUUUAAAUCAGCCUUAUCAGGAUGUACUUAGGCGGGUCGGUAAAUUGUGUAUACCUCCUGGAGCUAAAACAUUUUUCUUUAAACUGCAUACGGAAACACUUCCUGUUAAAACCUGGUUGAAGGCGAGGGGCUGCUUCGUGCCAUGGUCCACGAACUGUCGACUGUGUCCACGUGCUGAAACUAUAGAUCACUGUUUUAUAGACUGUACAGAUGCUAUAUUUUUCUGGGACAUUCUCCAACGGACGCUUAAAAAGGACAUUGACAUCACUCCAUACGCAAUUAGAUUCCUACCGUUUAAGAUUAGUGGCGGUCCUCCCUAUGACAUGUUCGUAGUACUGGGUUUGUAUAGCCUAUGGAGAGCUAGAAUGUGUGAUCGCCAUGCCGAAAGCCCGCGAUCUACAAGAUCAUUCUUUCAAGAAAGUGCAGCUUAUAUAAGAAGUGUGUACGCCGUGCAGGAACCUCCGCCUGACUGGAUGCACUUGUUGGACGCAUGUGUGUGCUUGCCCAAGUUUUAA